AUGAAAAUCUUCUUCAUCGCCGCUGCAGCUCUCGUGAGCACCGCUUUUGCUGCACCGGCUUCAGGCACAGCCCUCGUCAAGAAAUCAUCUCAUCAUAUAGACACUAUUCCCUACAAUGGCCUUCCCAGUGUCAAAGUCGACCUCGAUGCUCUUCGCGCUGAGCAGAAAGCAGGACAAACCGCCACCACGAAUGUAAAAGUCAAGCGGUCCCCCAAAGCUACACCCAAGAAAAAGACAUCGAAGAAGACUUCUACCAAGAAGACCAAAUCUGGAAAGAAGCCCAAGACGACUCAUUCAAAGAGAUUGCUCAAGUCUUCGUCGACCGGCUUCAAGAACGGUCAGGACCUUGUUGAUUCCUUGGAUAGUCUUGUUGCUCAGAUCACCGCCCGAGGCGACAGAAUCAAUGGAACACUCCUCAGAGUUCAAGCCGGAACAGAGACUCGCAACAAAGGCACCACAGACGCCAUCAAAGAAAUCAUCCAAAUCCGCGCUGCCGUCUCUGGCGCCCUAACUAGACUCUCCACGACCAAGAACCUCAAACUCACCAGCGAUCAACGCGCCGACAUUCUCAAUCUCGUUGAAGAACUCGUCAAAGAGCUCCUCGACAUCAUCAACGACCUCGUUGAGACGCUCGGUCUGAAGCUCAGCCUGAAAGCAUCUCUCAACCCCCUCAUGAACAUGCUGAGCGACUUCCUAGGGGGUCUAGCAGUGACCGAUGGCAAGCUUACGCCAGAAUUGCGUCAGCGCUUGGGGGAUUUGAUUAGAGCUCAGAUCAACGGUGAUGAUACGCGGGGAUUCGAUGUGCUUGGAAGUGGGAUUGAGAAUCCGCUUUUGCGUCUUCAUGGGUCUUUGAAGACCAGUGUAGGAUCGAACUAG